CGGUUAGUGGUUGUUAGUGUUUGUCGGUUAGUGGUCGUCGGUUAGUGUUCGUCGGUUAGUGGUUGUUAGUGUUCAUCGGUUAGUGUUUGUCGGUUAGUGGUCGUUAGUGUUUGUCGGUUAGUGGUUGUUAGUGUUCGUCGGUUAGUGGUCGUUAGUGUUCGUCGGUUAGUGUUCGUCGGUUAGUGUCCGUCGGUUAGUGGUCGUUAUUAACGGACACGUUACUUAGUUACCGGUGACUAGUUAGCAGUUUGGUUAACGGCAGCUGUUUGCGCCCAGAGCCCGACAGUCCGGUACCGAACACACCGAUUUAAAUACAAACAGGCUGUUUAUAAUGUUCGGAUGGGUUCGGCCUGUGACAGAUGAUCCAUAAUAAAGAAGUCCCACAUGCAGUUAAACAGAUAUCACGGUCAUGUUUUUACUUUUUGUUGGAUGGAGAGCUGAACGUUCUGGAAGAUAUUCUGACUGAAGCUCCAGAUCAGGAUGAUGAGCUGUAUAACCCUGAGACUGAACGAGACAUCAGUGAUAAGAAAGGAACAAAGAGAAAGAGUGAGCGCUCUGACAGCCAGGACCUCAAGAGGCUCCGCCCCUCGUCUGGCCACGCCCCCUCCAGGUCCUCUUCUACUAAUAAGAGAGCCCCGGGUCCACCUCUUCCAUCCUCUUCGAAGAAGGCGGCAUCCAGCCCUCGUGGCCGGCAUGCUGCUGCUACCAGUAGCUACCGACACGAAUACUAUGAGGAGCGAAAGGGACGGCGAGGAGCCCGCGAGGCGACCAGGAGCCGCGGAGGAGAGGAAGUACGACGCAGAGAGUCUCAGAGAGGUCUGGAGGGUCUGACUCAGAAGUUGCGGCGUGAUGAGCGGCGGACAAGCCCCUCCCCUCAUGAGGAGGACAACCAAUCAGAGGAUGAGGCAGCAGCUGAGUACGGCUCAGAAGCGGGUUCAGGAAGCUCCUCCCCCGCUGCCUCCCAUGUAGAGGAAGAAGAAGAUGACGAUCAGGAGGAAGAAGAGGAGGAGGAGGAAGAGGAGGGCAUGGAGGAAGAGGAGGAGGAAGAGGAGGAGGAAGGAGAGAAGGAGGAGGAGGAAGAAGAGGAGGAGGAAGAGGAGUAUGAGCGUCGUGGAGGUGAGGGGAACGACUACGACACUCGCAGCGAGGCUGGCGACUCGCGUUCCGCCUCCUCUGUCAGCUUCUCUGAUGACGGCGAGUCAGUGCACUCAGGCUCCGCCUCCGAAGCCUCAGGUUCAGAAAAAAAGCGGGAAAAGCUGUCAUCGUCGGUCCGAGCUGUUCGCAAAGGGAUGGAGAAUCCAACCAGUAAACUUCGUUACAUCCUGCGAGACGCUCGAUUCUUCCUCAUAAAGAGCAACAACCACGAGAACGUCUCGCUGGCCAAAGCUAAGGGUGUUUGGUCGACGCUGCCGGUGAAUGAGAAGAAGCUGAAUGCAGCUUUCCGCUCGGCUCGGAGCGUUGUCCUCGUCUUCUCUGUGAGGGAAAGCGGCAAAUUCCAAGGUUUUGCUCGUUUGGCGUCAGAGUCUCAUCAUGGCGGCUCUCCGAUUCACUGGGUUCUUCCUGCUGGGAUGAACGCCAAGAUGCUGGGUGGAGUUUUCAAGAUCGACUGGCUCUGCAGGAGGGAGCUUCCUUUCACGAAGACGGCUCACCUGUCCAACCCCUGGAACGAACACAAGCCCGUCAAGAUUGGACGUGACGGACAGGAGAUUCAACCGGACAUCGGCGCUCAGCUCUGUGCACUGUUCCCAUUGGACGAGAGUGUGGACGUCCACCAGGUGGCUCGCCGAGUUCGUCACAAGCGCCGGACGCCGUCGGAGCCGCGGCCUCGAGGCCGACCGCCACAACGAGAACCGGGAAGGCGUCGCCCUGAAGAGUACGACCUCCACGGCAGGAAGCGACCACGAGCCGACGGUCCGCCCGACUUCAACCAGCGAGCAGGUUUCAUCCAGGACCUACGUAACCAGCCAGUGGACAGGCGAUUCUCCAGCGUGAGACGAGACGUGUUUCUCAACGGGUCAUAUAACGACUACAUGAGGGAUUAUCACCACAGCGUCGGUCCUCCGGCUCCAUGGCAGACUCUGGCGGCGUAUCCCGGCGUGGAGCAGCCACCCCCUCACCACCCCCCCUACUACCACCACAGCCACCACCCCGCCCGCCCCCCCCCCCACCAGGCCUACCAUCACCACCACCACCCCCCCCUGCCUCAGCAUGAGGCUCCACCCCCUCGCUUUAGAGACAAGCAGCGAGCGCCGCAACACCGCGCCUUCACGUCCAGCCCGCACGACUAUGACAUGCGCGUGGACGACUUCCUGCGGCGGACACAAGCGGUGGUGAGCAGCCGUCGUGAGCGCGAGCGGCAGCGUGAACGUGAGCGUGGUGGACCACGCCGUGAGAGAGAGAGGGAGCGAGCAAGGGACAGAGAGCGAGAGAGAGAGAGGGACAAGGAGAGGGGGCGGUAUCGCAGGUGAUCUGAUGAUGUCACAUCCUGUCAGCCUGCAGAGGCUUUUAUUUUGACAGUCAGCAUUGGCUUCCUGUUUUUUGUUCUGAAUAGAAAAUGAGACGUGAUGACAUCGUUUUUUAUGUAAAUAAAAUAUUUAAAAAAUAAAAUACUGGUGUUUUUUUUUUUUAAACUUAUUUUGAUGAUCUGCGUAAAAAGGGAAGUGACAUCACAGAACAGGGACACGCCUGUUACAACUCCGUCAUACAUGUUUGUGCACAUCAUGAUGAAAUCUUCACACUUAAUUUCCCAGAAUUCUCUAUGAGCAGUCUGAACGACCCAACACAAGGGUCGCAUGAUGACGUAUUUCUCUGAAACAUUGCUUCUUUUAUUGUGAAAGGUUGGACAGACUUCCUGAUUUUAUUUUUUGUUUUUUGAGUUGGUUGUUACCAUGGUGACCAAAUGUCCACCUGAUCAGUCUUGUGUUGAGCAGCAGGUUAAACUGAUGUGUUCAGUCUCAGUAUUAU